GGAGAGGGAAAACAGGGUGAUGUGUGUGCCGUGAAUUCAAAGCUGGGUGGGUCUACAGAGUUUCACAUUCCCAAAUAACUCCCGCGCCGUGCGUUUUAGCGCUUUCAGUUUUCAGGAGGCCAUAAUGUUGAUGCUGGCUGGAAUCGUCGUUCUGCACAUCACUACCAUCAUCCUGCUGCUGGUGGCCACCAUUGAUAAUGCCUGGUGGAUCACUGAUACAGUGUCGACGGACCUGUGGGGCAAGUGGGUCCUCACAAACUCAGUGUGGCAUUACACCAACUUGAAAGACUAUCCAGAAGAGUACCUCCAGACAGUACAGGCCACUUCAGUGCUGGCCUGUAUUUUUUCCAUCCUGGCCUUGUUUGUGUUUGUGGCUCAGCUGUUCACCUUGCCCAAAGGCCAGAGGUUCACCUUCACUGGCAUUUUACAACUAAUCGCCUGCCUGUGUAUAAUGAUCGCCGCCUCCAUCUACACAUCUGAGCUUCAUGCCAAUGAAACGGACGGAACGUACGGACACUCCUACAUCCUGGCCUGGAUCUCCUUCGUCUUCACGCUCCUCUUAGCCAUCGUCUACCUCGUCCUGCGGAAGAAGAGUGAGUGAGGCUGUUCACCAGCAUGAGACUGAGGACAGGGGUCACGUUCCUCUAAAUAUUUGGGAAUUAUAUCGGAUUUAUCUCAGAAUUUGGGAAAAUAAAGCUGAACUCAAUCUGUAGUUCAUAUCUUGGUCAAAUGUUUUAAAAGCUAAUGAGAGCCAUUUGUUUAUAUUUUGAGUAUAAUUACAUGAACAGGUGAAAUGAACUUUAAUUCAUGAUUUUUUUUUAUAUAUAUAUAUACAAUUUUUUGCGACCCAUAGUGUAGUGGUCUAGGCAGUCUUUUCUUCAAACUGGGCACCACUUAUGAAAAUAACUCAGUACUUGAGAACCGGACUAGUUGGACGUUGUCAUUUUGCCGGGUGCUGAAUAGACGGACACCUCGGAGAAGCUGCAUCACGUUUUGUGCCUAAAUCUUCAGCUCUUGAACCACAACUUUCCUUGAAUAUAUAACAUUAUCAAUCAACCAACCCGUUACAUCAAAACAUCUUUUUUUGUCCAGUUUUGUCAUUGUCAGUUACAUUUUUUUGUUUUAAAUAAAGCUUGGAUUUGAGUUGAUACAUUAUGCCAGCAAAAAUACAACCACAAGUUGUAGCACUUGAACAAUCAGGACAGACAAGCCUUAAGUUACAGUACAAGUAGUUUUAAUCUUGUAUCAUUAUUUUACAACUGAAGUACAACGUAUCCUUUUUAAUCUAUGUACAUUGUAACCAUUAUAUUUUUGUAGCAUUUUGUACUGUUUUAACCAUGUCUAGUUGGCUGCUAUCCAAAGAAGAAAAAAAAAAAGUACAUGCAUUUGUACAAGUGAACCAGGGAUGGAGGAUGAUGGUGGUUUAAUUGCACCACA